AUCAAGAUCAGAAUAUGUAAUGGAACACGCAGUGACUCUUAUUGACGGUACCUAUAUCACUUCGUGUCUCAAGGAGCUGUCUUUGGUGUGCGCCGAGUCCUUGAGUGCCACCCCACUUCGGCGCUGUAACGUGAAUUUGGUUGACCUUCUGAUAGUGAUCCUCAAACGAGAUGACUUGGUUCACAAGUCAUAAGCGUAAAAUAUCCAGAGAUAAGUAUAAAACAGCACAAAACAUAGAUUCUUGCCAUACAUCGUAUCUCCAUGUCCAGACGUCCUUCGAGUCCUCCAGUUAUCAUACUGUACGAUGUUCCAGGACACAAUGCACAACCUUGGGCACCGAACAUAUGGCGGAUACGCUUCAUUUUAAAUUACAAGCACCUCAGAUACCGCACCGUCUGGGUCGAAUUUCAGAAUAUAGAGAUGACUUUGCGAUCGAUCGGAGCGCCUCCAAGUUCCCAGCGAAGCGAUGGGCGACCAGUCUACACCCUACCCGUCAUAGUAGACCCGACGCGGAACUCAUCUGCGCCCCAGAUCCUGUCCAACCCAAACAUCAUUGCCGAGUACCUCGAGUCAUGCUAUCCGGCGCGUCCGGUCUUCCCCGAGGGAUCGCGCGCGCUCCAAACACUGUUCGUGAACUAUAUUCAGGAGGUGUUUGUUAAGCCUCUACUACCGAUUAUGGUUCCUUUGAGUCACCAGCAGCUACCGGAGCGCAGCCAGACUAAUGUGCAUAUCAGUCAACCUCUUCCCCCGGGACCGCAGCGGGAGCAUGCGUGGAUGCUUGUCAAAGAGCAGUUUGAGUUCCUUGCCACGAUUUUAGAUAAGAAUGCUGGUGAUGGUGACGGGGUAGUUGCGAUGGGGUACCAGGUUUCUUACGCGGAUUUUGCUCUUUGCUCCGUGUUAUUAUGGAUAGAGAACAUGGCUGCUCAGGAUGGGUGGGCGAGGGUUAGGCACUGGAAUGGUGGGAGGUGGGUCAGGCUCAGGGAACGGUGCAGGGAAUAUAUGGAUGUGUGUUAGCACACUUGGGCUUAAUUUCUCCUGAAUGCGUAGAAUGUUAGAC